AUGUUUAGAGUGUUGGGUGCUUUGACCGGCAGGAAUCAGCCUGCUGAAGAACUGUCUCAGGAAGAAAAGACGAAGCUUGUUUUGAAGCAGGCACACGAUUUUGAAGUAGCACUUCAAUCCAUGGAUUAUGUUCUUGAUGAUAGAGCGAAAGAGGGACUUAAACUUUUGAAAGAUAAUGAGAACAAGGAUGGCACAGACCAGACCAUAAAUGUAUUGGCAAGAGGCGUCAUUGAAUUUCUGGAAGCGACAUUGGGUUUUGAAGCACAAGAAAUGAGAAAGGCAUCAGCUACCCUUGCUAAGGCGGAGCAACUAUCAUUAAAAAGUCGGCAAAAUGUGCAAAAGAUGGAGCUUAAAAGUAGUUCAUUAUAUCCUCCUGGUACUGUUUAUGCAGUUACCUAUACUGAGUCAUGUCUGUUGCAUGCACUAUUAAUGCUAUUCAGCGAAAGCAUGAUGGAAGCUGCAAAGGCUCUUUUAAAGUUAAGGAAGGCAUAUUCUAUGCUGCAGGAAAUUUUUGAAGCAAUCAAAAAAGCUGAAAAAACAAAAUCAAAAGCUGCCCUUUCUCUUGACAAUGAAUCGAAUGAAUCUCAGACGAGCUUUGCAUCAGUUGAUUCUCCUUUUGCCUCUGCGGAUAUUCCAUAUAAACUAGGCCCUGAGGAGCAAGAAGAUCACGAUCUUUUAGAGUACGCUGAAAAGAUUCAUCGGAUGAGAACAAAAAGAUUAUGUGGCGCUCAUAUUGGUAACUCGCCAGCGAUAAACAGAUUGCGGAAAGAAUUGGGUCUCGAAGCUAUGAAAGAUUUGCCCAGUGAUGAAAUCAAAGAAUACGAUCCCAUUUUCGAUGCUGAUCUUUCACAAGCUACGAUAGAUGAAUUUAUUCAUUCGGGUGUGAACUUAUGUUUUGGAAUCUUGCAAGUUGUUCUUUCUUUGAUUCCUCCUACAAUCGGCGCUGUCCUAUCCAUCGUGGGAUUUCACGGUUCCAGGGAGGAAGGUCUCAGACUCAUUUGGAGAGCUACAAGGCAAAGGAAUGUUCAUGGAUGUAUUGGUCUCUUGGGAUUGAUGUUUUACUACGAUGGCCCUUUUCAAUUCACAGAUGAUGAUUUCGACAUUCCUGCCUUAAACUCACCUAGCAUCACUAAUACGCCAAGCUCUUCUUCCUUAGCGAAGACAAGGUCUCAAAGAAGUUCGUCCGGUGUGCAACUGAAGAAAAAUAGUACCAGCGACAGUACCACUUCUUUAAGAAAGAAAGAUAUCACAGAGAAUCAUUCUCCAUUGUCCAAAAAAGAUACGCGCAAUGGCUCUUUCAUGGAGGGCGAUUUAGAUGAUCCAACUUUACUGCAUCCAGGCAAGAUUCUUGAAGACGCACUCUUGAAGUCUAGGGCUCUAUUUCCAAAUAGUGCUCUAUGGUUGUUAAAUGAGGCAAGAAUGCUCUCUGGAAAGGGCCGUCUCGAAGAAGCUGUGAAUUUACUGGAUUCAAUUGAUGUAGAAAGCAUUCAGAUGCGACAAGUUAAGUCGCUCUUAGUCUUCGAUCGAGCAAUUACCCUUUCUCACCUUCAUAGAUAUGAUAGAGCAGCUGAAGAUCUAUUGUCAUUGAUGAAUAUAAGUGACUGGUCUCAUGCAUUUUACACAUACUUUGCUGGUUGUUGUUAUUUGGAAAACUGGAGAAUGUGCAAAAUGGGUUUAAUGGAAAGUGAAAAAGCUGAUUACUAUAAACAGAGAGCUACAGAACUUAUAUUUGAUGCACCAAAUCUUUUGGGCAAAAAAACGUUCAAAUCCAAGAAUUUGCCUCUUGAUAGAUUUAUGUUAAGAAAGGUGCAACAGUUUAAAUCCAUGCAAAAUGAUUUAGGUGUACCAGAUCCUUUAGACGCUAUUGCAACUUCACCUGUACAUGAGAUCUCUUACUUUUACAACGGUUACAACAGAAUGACAAAAUCUGGACUAGAACUUUCUACUAAAAUGCUGCAAGAAUUUCACAAUCCGGCGAUCGAUUGUAGAGACGAGGAUCAAGAGUUGAUAAAAGAUUUCUUGAUUUCUCUGUCAAUGAGAAGGCAGGACAAGCUGCAGGAGGGCUGUGCGAUUAUGGAUGAGAAGGUCUUGCCCAAAUUUUUUUCACUUGAAGACGGCAAAACUCGUUAUGUCAAGAAAACUGAAGAUCCCUGGCUCUACCCUGCUUCGCUUUAUGAGCGUGCUCUUUUCACCUGGAAACUUGAAGGUAUGGAUGGUCUACCCGAAAGCAGAGAAUGGCUACUUAGAGCUCAGGGAUACGCAGGUGAUUAUGAAUUAAGCACACGUAUUGGCAUGAAGAUUAAAGCUGCCAUAGAUAGAGUGGAACAUUCCCUUGGAAUGUAA